AUCAAUCCAUCCAGUUCCUCAUCCCCAUCCGUUCAGAAUAUGAACUACUUCCUCCUUUUUGUUAUGAUACUCUUGGUUAUAUCUGAGAUUCCCUUUUCAUCAAGCAGCCCUGAAUUGUACGAAAUCUGCAGUAAUCAGUUCAGUUGUGGGAAUGUUCAUGCAGGCUUUCCAUUCUGGGGAGGAGAUCGAGGACGGCCUGAAUGUGGCCAUCCAAGACUACAACUCCACUGUGAGAAUGAUAAUACUGCUAUUUUAGAAAUUUUUGGUGUUCGAUAUCAGGUUCUUGAAUUUAAUCAGGAAGCCAAAAGACUGAAGAUUGCAAGGGAGAGUGGAGUCUGUCCCAACAUUACCCUCGAUGCCACUAUCUUUGUCAGUCCAGAUUAUGUAAAUCUUACAUUGCUCAAUGACUGCCCGGCUGUACACUUUCCUUUUGAAUACUUUAGCUGCAGUCUAAAUGGAGUCAAAUGUAGGAAGGUUUACCUCCUACUACCAGGACUUCCUGUUCCCAUAGGUUGUUCUGCUAAUGCCACCGUCAUGGUCCCUAAACCUAAACCUUUCCCCACUGGAGAAGAUAUGUGGAAAGAGAUCGGACAAGCCCUAAUUACUGGGUUUGAAGUAGAAUGGAGGGUGGAUGAUGAAGGGUACUGUCAGAAGUGCAUUGCCUCCGAGGGAAAGUGUGGCAUUAACCCUUGGAAUGAAACGGAAACGGUUUGUUACUGUCAGGAACAAAGUAGUUCAGAACAAGAAUGUCUUCCCCUGCCUCCUCUCCCUUCCCUACCAGCACGACCACCAUCAAACGCCGAUGAGCAUGGUAAGUACCUUAUGUCAAGGCAUAGUUAUAGUAUAGAAUAGAAUAAUAAAAUAAAAGAGUCUUACUGGUUGUUGUCCUGAAUUUUUUUUCUUUUGUAUAUUAGAAUUUUUUUUUUUCUUUUUUCGGAUCAGUUGCAUUAUCUGAUUAGAUAGCAAAUUCUGAUCAAAGGUCUCACUCACCAAACCCUUACUUUCCCAUGACAACAAGCUUUAAUUUUAGUUGUAUAUCACACACCAUGGAGCAAUCAACCACAAAAACAUUA